UAUCAAUGUAUGUAAAUAUAAACCUUUGGGUAGACUAUGCAAGAAAUUGCAAGAUCAUCUGUCAUUAAGUGACUAGCAUUUUCAGAGAUGUUCCUGAGCAAUUGCCUCUUAACCGAUGUUGUUGGGCUUUUCCUGGCCUUUGUUGCGGUCAUCAUUACCUAUUACAAAUGGAGUUUCACCUACUGGAAAAAACUAAACGUGCCAUACGUGGAACCCACAAUUCCUCUGGGAAAUCUUGUGGCUCCAUUAAAAGAAAGAGUCCAAUUUGCAGUCGUAAUGAAACACAUAUACGACGUUCUGAAACGCCAAAAAGCACGGCAUGGUGGAAUAUAUGUUUUUGCUAGCCCCGUCUACUUCUUGAUCGACUUGGAAUACGUGAAGAACGUACUAACAAAAGACUCUAAAUAUUUUGUGGAUCGUGGAUUUUACUACAACGAAAAAGACGAUCCCAUUAGUGCUCAUCUUUUCACUCUUGACGGAGAAAAAUGGAAAAAUGUAAGAGUUAAAAUUACCCCGACUUUCACUUCUGGAAAAAUGAAAAUGAUGUUCCAAACUCUUGUAGACUGCGAAAAAAACCUGCAGGAGAAAAUUGAAGAAUUGCACACUCAUAAACAGCCUUUAGAUAUGAAGAGACUUCUUGGUUGUUACACUAUGGACGUUAUUGGGUCCUGCGCUUUCGGUAUAGAAUGUAAUAGUUUUAAAGAUGGACCUGCGUCUUUUCGAGAAUACGGUUUGAAAUUCUUUAAUAUGUCAAAGUGGGAAAAUUUGAUUUUUUACUUAUCUUUGACUUACCCGAAACUGAUGAGAGCGUUAAGAGUACGGCUUGUGGCUAAAAGUGUGUCGGAUUUCUAUAGCAAAGUUGUGAAAGAUAACGUCGAAUAUAGGGAACUCAAUAAUUAUUCAAGAAAAGACUUCAUGCAAUUACUGAUUGAAAUGAAAGGUUUGACUCUUGAAGAAAUCACAGCACAAAGCUUUGUUUUCUUUUUGGCUGGAUUUGAAACAUCUUCAAGCACAAUGUCUUGGGCAAUGUACGAACUCGCUAAACAUCCAGAUAUUCAACAGAAAGUUCGUGAUGAAGUCAACACAGUUAUGGCUAAGCAUGGCGGAAAACUCACGUACGAAGGCAUUCAAGAAAUGAAAUAUUUAGGCCAAGUUGUUGAUGAAACCCUUCGAAAGUAUCCUCCCGGGGGUGCACUCACCAGAGUAUGCACCCAAGACUACAAGGUACCCGAUCAAGAUCUUGUCAUUAAAAAAGGUACCCGAGUUUAUAUUCCUGUUUUGGGCAUACACUACGACGAAGAAUAUUAUCCGGACCCUGAAAAAUUCGAUCCAGAAAGGUUUAAUGAGGAAAACUCUAGGUCCAGACCCCAGUACGCACAUCUACCUUUUGGAGAAGGUCCCAGAAUUUGUAUAGGUUUGCGAUUUGGACUCAUGCAAUCAAAAGUAGGCCUUGCUUCGUUACUAAUGAAGUACAAGUUUACCUUAAACGAAAAGACUCAACGGCGUCCGGAGUUUAUGAUCGACUCUUUUGUUAUAACUCCAGAGGAAGAAAUAUGGUUAAAUGCAGAAAAAAUAUAAUUUGAAGGUAGUAGAAUAAUAACAUUAAUCGACAAGCUGAUAUUUUAACCUGUAUUAAAUUUUUUGUGCAAUAAAAUGAUUUUUUAUGCUUUUGAUCUGAAA